GGACCGUAUUCCGCAGGUGCCUCCAGAUGCCACUAUAUCUGGGGCCCCGGUCCCCUUCUCUCCCCAAUCUCCCUCCUACCCAAGAACCUGCUCUUCCCUUCUCAACUUCCCCCCUCCAUCUCCUUCAUGGCUGAUCUCGAGAGCUCUAAGAAGAGCGUCAGCUCUGCCGAUCAUUCGGUCCCUCCCAACUACGGAGCUGAGUCGCUCCCUCCCAAGGAAGAGGAGAUCGUUCCUUAUGGCGUCCGCCGUAUCGAGAUCAUUUCUGAUCAGUACAAGAAUAUCUACGGUCGCAUCGCCGUUUUCUUCUCUAUCUUCCUCGUCGCCUACGGCUAUGGUCUAGAUGGAACAACCCGCUACACCUUCCAGACCUACGCGACCUCCUCCUACUCCAGCCACUCUCUCCUCGCAACCAUCAACACCGUCCGCUCCACCUUCGCCGCCGCCGCUCUCCCCUUCAUCGCCCGUCUUUGUGACAUGUUUGGCCGGAUCGAGAUCUUCGUCGUCUCUGUCCUCUUCUAUGUCGUCGGCACAAUCAUCGAGUCUCAGGCCUACGACGUUCAGCGCUUCGCUGCUGGUGCCCUCUUCUAUCAGUUUGGCUACACCGGCUCCAUCGUCGUCCUCCAGCUUAUGGCUGCUGACUUCUCCUUCCUCAACUGGCGUGUGACUGCUUCUUUCGUCCCCGCCCUUCCCUUCAUCAUCAACACCUGGAUCUCUGGCGACAUCACCUCCGCUCUCGUCAACACAACCAGCAACCGCUGGUCUUGGGGUAUCGGAAUGUGGGCCUUCAUCUAUCCUCUUCUCGCCAUUCCCUUGGUCCUGUGCUACCUUCACAUGUACUACCUUGCUCGCAAAUCUGGAAAACUAGCUUCCGCAAAGGCUGAUGACGUCGCUCGUCGUACGACUGAGAAGCCUUCCUGGCAUUAUAUGUCGAUCGCCAAGAUCGCCUGGGAGAUGGAUAUCGUCGGAAUCAUCCUCUUCGCUGCUUCCCUCUCGUGCUUCCUCACCCCGUUCACUCUUGCGGGUGGCACAAAGACUAGCUGGCAGAAGGGUCACAUUAUCGCCCCCCUCGUCGUCGGUUUCUGCCUAUUCCCUGUCUUGAUCUUGUUUGAGCGUUACAUCCAGUCUCGUUCGUUCACCUGGUUCAUCAAGCCCUUACUCCCCAAGCACAUGCUUGCCGAUCGCGGUGUCUGGGCGGCUAUGGGAAUCGCUAUCUUCAUCGACUGGGUCUGGUACAUGCAGGGUGACUAUCUCUACACCGUCCUUUACGUUGCGGUCAACGAGAGCGUUGCAUCCGCCACUCGCAUCACCUCUUUGUACUCCUUCGUCUCUGUCAUCACUGGCACCAUCCUCGGAUUCGUCGUCGCCUAUGUCCGUCGCAUCAAGGCUUUCAUCAUCUUCGGAAUCAGCAUGUGGUUCGUCGCUUUGGGUCUGAUGAUCCACUACCGCGGUGGAACAUACGCUCACUCUGGCAUUAUCGGUAGUCAGUGCCUCCUCGGUUUUGGUGCCGGUUUCUUCACCUACCCUGCUCAGGCAUCCAUCGCCUCCUGCACCACUCACACCUUCAUGUCCACCGCAAUCACCCUCUAUCUCUCCAUGUACUAUGUCGGCUCUGCUUUCGGUACCUCGGUCUCUGGCGCCAUCUGGACCAACCUUCUUCCCGAAAAAUUGCUGGAGAAUCUUCAAAACGCGACUUUGGCCGCCUCCGUCUACGGCGAUCCCUUCACCUUCGCCGCCACAUAUACUAUCGAUUCUCCCGAGCGUCUCGCUGUCAUCCACUCGUACUCUCAGGUUCAGAAAAUUCUCUGCAUUGUCGGCAUCUGUCUUUGUGUUCCUUUGCUCGCCUUUGGUUUCCUCCUCAGAGACCGUGAGAUGCUUAGUACCGAUCAGUCCUACUCUGUCUCUGCCGUCGAGGAAAUCAAGGAGCAGCACUUGACUACCUCUGAGAAGAUCAAGGGUAUCUUCUCGCUGCACCUCAGUGCCCGCAAGAAGGACGAGAGAUUGAACUUGAAGAAUACCCUUGUAUUCAAGGGUCGCUAGAUGGACCUUAAGAAUAUUGUCUUACAAUCGACUUAUAUUCCUAUUUGUUUAAUUUACUUCUUUGGUUGUCGUUUUUGAUUAUAAUCUGUCUUAUGAGCUUUGUUUGACUCUGCAACAGAGGAACGAUCUUACAUUAUCUGUGUAUGAUCAUUUUAAUAUCUUUAAUACUUCUUUCUACUA